AUGUCAGGCCUCUUUACUGACCUGUCAGACCAGGAGAACUGUGACCAGGACUACAUCAUCCGGCUGCAGGAAAAGCGGGAAAGGAAGCUCCUUCGAGCCAUCCGCAAGAAUGACGUCGCCAAGGUCAACGCACUUCUUGCAGAUGGUGUUUCACCUGAUGGCAGUUCAGAGAGAGCCCCAUUGCAAAUCGCCGUCUGGCUAGGCAGACGCGAAAUCAUACAACUACUCAUCCAAUAUAACGUCCAAUCUCCGAGCAACCCCGGCCCGGAUUCGGACGAUGACGAGUUGCUCACAGCGGCCGGUCGGGGCCAUGUGGAAAUCUUAAAGAUGCUCAUAGAGUACCGCAAGAAGCUUGGCUACAAGGGCACGGCUUGGCCAAGCCAUCGAGGUGACGAGCCCAUUCAUCGCGCUGCUACUUGGGGUCGCUUGGAAUGCCUUCAGUUGUUGGUGCAGGAAGGUGCCACGAUCAACCUUGAGAAUUCUCAUUGGGAAACGCCAUUACAUCGUGCAGCUAGUCUUCCGACUGGAGCACAGAAUGGACUGCCGGUGCUGCGUUUUUUGCUCGCUUCAGGCGCAAAUGUCAAUGCCUUAACCAACACGGGUGACACGCCUAUUUUGACGGCAGCUCGUGUUGGUAAUGAAGCCGCUGUUAAAGAAUUGCUUAAGUCAUCACCUGAUCUUCACCAAAAAGGUCAAUUUGGAGAGACAGUUCUACUUGUUGCUAUUUCUUCUUGUCCCUUGAGAACGGUGCGGAUGCUCGUCGCUGCAGGUGCUGACAUCCACUGUCGAACUAAGUUGAAUGCUUCUGUUUUGCAUCUGGCGGCCGAGGCUGGGAAAACCAAGACUUUCAAAUGGAUCCUUGAUAACAGUAAUCUCACCAUUAAUGAUCUUGAUUGUCAUAAUUGGACUCCACUGCACUUUGCUGCGUGCAAGAACCAGGUCGUGAUGGCCAAUUACUUACUUGAACACGGAGCGAAUCCAUCAAUCGCAUCAACUCCAGGAAAUCAUACCCCUCUUCACCUAGCAGCUGCUUAUAACAACGGUUCUAUCCUUCAAUCAGACGAUGGACGAGACGAUUCCACCCUUGUCGAGUGUCUUAUCCAACAUGGUGCUGAUGUGAUGGCAUCGGCAGACAGUAAGAUUUUGCAAUUUACAGGAUGGGUGGCAAAGACCUCCCGCAUGAAUAUGUACUGGACCUCGGAAAGAAAUGUCACCCGAUCCGAUAUGGUCUAUCCCCUCCACUGCGCCGCCAGCAGUGGCGCCAUUCAGAGGAUUAAAGCGCUUCUAGCAGCCGGCGCGGAUAUUCAUACUCGCACUGCCCCAGGUGGAAAGACAGCGCUUCACCUGGCUGCAAGCAAGUCACUCCGGAGCAUGGUCCGUUUCUUGAUUCAAAGAGGCCUGGAUCAUCGGCUGACUGAUACUGAGGGACAUACAAUGGUUCACUAUCUGUCUCUAGGGGGACGGUACGAGCCCGUGAGUGUCAAGGACUUUCUUGUCGCCGAGAACCUUUACGACCCCUCGAUGGAAUCUGAGCUCGUAAGACUGAGACCUUUUGAAUAA